GGUCAAAACGUAGCAUUAAAACAAAGUGCGGCCCAGAGUACAGUGUACGCUGAGGGGAAUUUCAACGGUAGAGCAGAGAAUGCGGUGGAUGGAGAUGCAAACAGCGAUGGUUCAUACGGUAGCUGCUCUCACACGUGCUUAGCAGACCCGUCACCACGUUGGAACGUUACGCUUGACAACACAUACGUUGUCAAUAAAUUUGUUGUAUACAGCAGAAUGAGCUCGCAGAACUCUCGUAAGUUUACAAAAAACACAUAA